UCCUUACAUUGACACUGCAUGUUUCAUAAAGCCCAAUAUUCAGUGAGUGUGGAUAGACCAUGUCCAAUGGAAACAGUCACUUUUACCUGCACUGCUAAUGGAGAUAUCUUGAUAUGGGACCUGCCUGGAAAUCGUAUCACUGUUCUCACCACCUCUGAUCCACUAGUAAUGCAGUCAGGCUACACUGUGACACUGAUUGCAUUUGAUAACGAUACAUUAACUUCUACUCUAUCAAGAACAGCAGAGAAUGGGAUCACUGUGUCCUGUUCCGAGAUUGUGUCUACUCUAACCACUAUAGGAUCUUCAACAAUCCGUUUGGUUGAUCCACCAGGACCACCUUCUGCUGUAAGACAUUUUAUUUUGAGCAGCUCAGUCAAUGAAGUCAGUGUAUCUGUACAGUGGAACCCUCCUACUGAGACUGGUGGUAGAGAUGACCCCACUUACACAGUGACCAUCUCACCUCCGGCCCAGCUCUUUGCAACUGUCCUCACAUCCACCUCUGUCACUGUGACUGCUCAAUACAAUGUGGACUACACUGUCAGUGUUGUGGCUACCAACUGUGCUGGGAACAGUACAACUGCUGACUACAACUUUAGGAUCGGUGGCUGUCCUGCAUUGACCAACCUCACGAAUGGAGCAUUUGGACCAGUCUUCAGCAGAUUGCCUGGAUCAACAGUAACCAUCCAGUGUGAUGCUGGGUAUGUGUCUGUUGUUGCGAUGGUGACAUGUGAGGGUACACUGAUGUGGAGUCCAGACCCUGAGGCUAUUGAGUGUACAUCACUAAUCACACCUACUCCCACAACUCCCCCUCCAAUAAACUGCACGGCUCCACUAUCCCCACCACUUGAACCACCUACAGCUGCUCCUUGUAAUUGUAAUUGUGCCAGCCUAUCUGAUGGGAGUCGAUUUGAUGCAGCUGUCUCCAUCAGUGUGGUUGUCACAGCAAUUGUAUUCAUGAUAAUAGGAUUAUUUGUGGGACUCUUGAUAAUGUAUUUGUUCAUGCAUAAGAAGAAUGUGUACUCCCCGUCACCUAAAGAGCGAGCUAACGUAGGACCCACUGUACCAGCUGGUCCUGUUUAUGAGGAGGUGUCACCCAAAGAGGAGAUUGAACUAAAUACUAACCAGGCGUAUGGACCAGUAGGACUGUGAAAUUUCUGGUCAUUUUCAUCAACAGUUAAUGUACAUGCAUGUAAACAAUUAACACAAUUAAUAUAGCACGUACUGCAACUGUUCAUUAUCAACAACUUAAGAACAAUGUAAACAGAGUUGUUGGCAUAAGUCAUGUAGCUACGUAGCUGUUUCAUUUUUCCUGGUCUGAAAGGAUUGCUUCAGCUGAAAAUACGCACCUCGAUUAAAGGCCAUGUGUAUAUUCAUACAUGUACAUGUGAAAG